AUGUCGUCCUCUACUGCGAGUACAGUAUCAAAGCGCCGUGCUGAAGAAGACGAAACUUCACAAUUGAAACGAGUGGCUCGCGAAUCGAAGCGACUGAAGACUGAUGAGAACCCGAUGUCGUCCAACGGGCAACAGAACAUCUCUCGUUAUUUCGCCUGCAAGGACAUCAAGACCAGAAAAAAGCCCUCACCGCGCGAUUCGGAUGACGGUGCUAGCAAAUCUCGCUCCGCUUCCAGCGAGAGAGCCUCAGCCAAGGUAGCGUCACAGCGUAAGGAUGGUUCAAUAUCUCCUCCACCAUUCUCUCUUCACAGAAAGCCCUCGACGUCUCUAAAAGCAGGAAAUCCAGAUGCUUCAGGGCUGAAAGCAUGCAAGAACGAAGCCAUUGAUGGCAACGACGUCUGGCCUCUGAAGAUCAAAGAGCACGUAGGGGAUAUAUUCGCGGCUCCAUCAGACGCUCUCCUGAUACAUGCAUGCAACUGUAAAGGCUGGUGGGGGAAAGGAAUUGCGGCAGAUUUCAAGAAAAAAUAUCCGGCUGCGUUCAAAAUCUACCAAAUUCACUGCAAGAAACCCGACAAGCAGCUUAUAGGAAAGGCUCUACUUAUUCCGCCACAACCAACCGAUCGUCACCAACACUACGUCGGUUGCAUUUUCACGUCCUUGGCUGUCGGCUACAAGGUAGAUCCACCCCACAAGAUCCUUGGAGCUACCGCUACAGCCAUGACAGACCUGCUAGCCCAAGCCAGAUCUCACAUCUCGGAUGGCAAAGGCGACAUCAGCGAAGUCCGGAUCUUCAAUUCUGGGCUUUUCAAGGUCGAGUGGAAAAACACCCUCGAGGUACUCAAGACCGAGGUUGAACCUCAAGGCUUCGGUUCACUUGAGGUCUUUUCAAUGUCAGGCGGCUGA